CCGCGAGAAUGACAGCACAUUGUCAUUGUAAAUAUUGAUAUUUUGAUGCCCGAAAACAACCACCAAGGCAAUGGAUGUCCCUUCGUUUGGAAGGAAAGAAGAGGGUUUAUGACAAAGCAUUUUUGGGAUAAGGUUUAAUGCCAUAAGGCAAGUAGAAACGGAAAUAUCUGCGGGAAGAUCUACCGGCCUCUGCUGAAAAAUCAGUUUCCAAGACAACGGGUGUAAAUAGCAGCCAGAGGCUGACAGUGACAGAGCAGUAUCAUAUGGUGAGGGAUGGCAGCAGAGGCUGUAAAAGUGAUUGUUCGGUGUCGCCCUAUGAAUGAUAGGGAAAAAAGCUUGAAGUGUGAAAAUGUGGUAUUCAUGGAAUCAAAAACAGGACUAUGCCAACUCAAAAACCCAUCAGACCAGAAAGCUGCUCCUAAAAGUUUCACCUUUGAUGGUGCUUACUUCUUACAGUCAACAACAGAACAGAUUUACAAUGACAUAGGCUACCCUCUGGUGGAGGGUGUGACUGAAGGCUACAAUGGAACAAUAUUUGCCUAUGGACAGACAGGGUGUGGUAAAUCUUACACGAUGCAGGGCGUCACUUCACCACCUUCACAGAGAGGUAUUAUCCCACGAGCUUUUGAUCAUAUAUUUGAAACAAUAUCAGUGGCUGAUCACACUAAAUUCCUUGUACAUGCAUCAUAUUGUGAAAUUUACAAUGAAGAGAUUCGUGAUUUACUUGGUAAAGAUGUGAAGGCUAAACUGGAGCUGAAGGAACACCCAGACAGAGGAGUUUAUGUUCAAGGCCUGUCUAUGCACCCGGUUCACAAUGUGUCUGAGUGUGAGCGUGUGAUGGAGAAGGGCUGGAAGAACCGGGCAACGGGAGCUACGCUGAUGAACGCCGACUCAUCACGCAGCCACUCCAUCUUCUCUAUUCACCUGGAGAUGAUCAGUAAAAAUGAACUGGAUGAGGAACACAUCCGUGCCGGCAAACUCAACCUAGUAGAUCUUGCCGGUAGUGAACGACAAGCAAAGACAGGUGCGACAGGGGACAGGCUGAAGGAAGCCACAAGGAUCAACUUGUCUCUCUCAGCUUUGGGCAAUGUUAUCUCUGCUCUGGUGGAUGGCAAGUCUAAACAUAUACCAUACAGAGAUUCCAAGUUGACACGACUGCUGCAAGACUCACUCGGGGGAAACACCAAAACCUUGAUGGUGGCCUGUCUCUCCCCUGCUGACAACAACUAUGACGAGACACUCAGCACUCUCAGAUAUGCCAACAGAGCCAAGAACAUCAAAAACAAACCCAAGAUUAAUGAAGAUCCCAAAGAUGCUUUAUUGAGGGAGUACCAGGAGGAAAUCCAGCGACUGAAGGCCAUGCUGACUGGGCAGCUAAUGGCAGGGCCAGUUACAGAUGGCAUCAGCACUGUGAUAGAUGAGGGACGAUUUGGUGGCAGCAUUGAGGAACGGAGCAGAGAGUCCCUGGUGGAGGAGGGCAGCACCAGAGAAGAACUGGAGGCUGAGAAGGAGAGGAUUAGACAGGAGUACGACCAGGAGCUAAGGGAUAUCAAGGCUAUGUAUGAAGCAGAAAAAAUCAGCAAGAACAAACUACAGCAGGACAUGUCUCGAUUGAGAGGGUUUUAUGACGAGCGGCUAGCGUCUGUGGAGAGUCACAUAUCCCACUUCCCUACAACAGCUGAAGGCAAACCUGAGAGCAAACACAAGAAGGUUAACAAGGACGCCCAUGUCCCUCAGGCAGGUGGGGUGGGUAGACUGCGAACCUCAAGGGAGGAGGAGGGUACUGCACCCAGAUGGGAGCCUACAUCUCUAGACGACCUACAGAGACCAAGUGGUCCAGGUAUCAAUGGACACCCAUUAGAUGGUGGUCACGCCCUGGAGGUCACAAGUGUGACCUCAACUGAUAUUCGUGAUGAGUUGCCCGGCCAUCCACCUCCUGCUUCACAGACUGGUAACACAGCACAGAGGGCCAUCCACCUGUCCAGCAGCAAGGGGACGGUGGAGACGUCAGGGGUCGGCCAAGAAAACCUGCCACCAGAUCACAUGGAGCUGCUCAGGAGUGCUAACUCCCAGACCUUGGCUCAGAUGCACAAGGAAGCAGUUGACAGGUUACAUGAGCUGCAGAUGCAGAUGGUUGGUGGGGAAAAUGCAGACAAUGAAGAAGUGAAGAAAAAGAGACGAAGAAGGAAAGAGUUUGCAGAUGGGAGACAACUGGAGCUAGCCAAUGCCAUAAAUCAGAUGGAUGAUGACCAGAUAAUGAUCAGGAUUUAUGGUGACAUCCAGGAUGAAGUCUACGCUAAAUCUGAGGAAGUGGACAAAGCACACCAAGUGAUACUGGGUUUGAAGGAGGAUAUUAAAGAUAUUCAGUCAGAGUUUGAGACAGAGAGAACAGAUUACCUGGACACAAUACGGAAACAGGAAAAGCAGUUGAAAUUGUACAUGUCCCUGGUAGAGCGCCUCCACCCAUGUGUCAGGCGUGACUGUAACUACAUCAACCUGGACAAGAUCAAGGCUGAGGCCAAAUGGGAUGAGGACAAUGAAUGCUGGAUUUUACCCAAACUGUCCAUGGAGAAGACGGUCCUGCCUAAUGCAGGUGUAAUGCCGGGUGGACGUUUGGACUCGAAAUCUCGGACGUACCUAGGAGAGCAAAGCAUGCCUGUGAGCACUCACAGUGAAGACAGAUUGAGGCAGAAACUGGAACAGGUGAAUGACAAUGUAGUGGACUCAUAUUUUCAAUCCAAGCGAGCCAGUCAGCUUCUUUCUCAGCCUCCACCAGAAAGUAACAAUAUGGCUGUUAGGAAAGCCAAACAGCAGUUGAUCCAUACCAACAGUGUGCAGGUGCAGCAGAAGCGCUAUGCUCAUAUUAACGGAGCAGGAGUAAAGUUCCAGAACAGUGGAACAGGAAUUCUACAGAACGGGACUGUUGGCGUUCCUCAGGAUGACCUGACCAAUGAACAGAGAGCUGCGUUUGUCCAUGGCACCCUCAAUAACAACCCAGAUGAAGGGCUGAUCCGACGGCCUCAGCGACUCGAGUCUUUAAACCCACAAGCCAGCAAAAAGUCCAAGAAAAAGCGCAAUGUCCUGGAACCCAUUUGAUUUGUAGAUUAUGUGAACUAAGUGUAAAGUCUCAUUCAUUCCAGUUGUCACCAUUUCAUACUUAUUUAUUGGUUGCAGCUAAGUCACAUUCCACAGUCUACCUUAAGAUAUUGUGCUGUUCACUUUCUUUGACACAGUCAGCAUAUAUUCUCAGAUCAUGUAUUGGAAUUAGAUGCAGGUGAUUUUAACAGUGUUCUUGCAUUUGUUUUAAAUUAUUUAUUUCAAUGAUUUGUCACAUUAUUAUUUUCCAUUUAAGACAACUAUUAUGCCACCAUUUUCUUUUUCAUAAUUUAUGCCUUUACAAACAUACUUUAAUCAAAAUCUCACUAGCCAGAGAGUCAUUUUAUCUUCUCAAUGGAGCAUGUGCUGUUUGAUAUGUGAUCAGCGUUGGCUCAUUUUUGUUGCCUAAAAGAUCAGUUAGCAUACCCUGAGACAACUCAGGUGUGCAGUCAUUCCUUAUGUGAUCAACCCAAGUCAGUUGGCAUACCCUGGGACAGCCCAGGUGUGUUCCAUUCCUUAUGUGAUCAGCCCAAGUCAGUUGGCAUACCCUGGGACAGCCCAGGUGUGCAGUCAUUCCUUAUGUGAAUAACCACAACUCAGUUGGCAUACCCUGGGACAGCUCAGGUGUGUUCCAUUCCUUAUGUGAUCAGCCCAAGUCAGCUGGCAUACCCUGGGACAGCCCAGGUGUGUUCCAUUCCUUAUGUGAUCAGCCCAAGUCAGUUGGCAUACCCUGGGACAGCCCAGGUGUGCAGUCAUUCCUUAUGUGAU